AUGCAAAGUGGUUACAACUCUUGCAUUGUGCAUACUGCUUGUUGGUGUAUAAUUACACCCUUUGCAAUACCUACACUUAACACACAAAGCAUACAAUGCAAACACCCUGGGCCAGCACUGAGUGAUGUGACUCCGUCACUUCCCUGCUGCCCUGUUAUGUUUCAGGUUUCGUGCUUUGCAAGCUACUGGAUUUCCUUUGUGAUCAGUUAACUAUGUAUCUAUGCCCAUGUGGCGCACAUGGCGCACACUGACAUAUGCGCACCGAUUACCGACUAACUGGAUAAUCCCAUUACCAGACACAUAAUUACAGAGUCUACAGCUGCGAGCAGUGACCGUGAAUAUGAAUAUGAGGGCAGAGGUCACGCCGAUCGGGCCACAGACGUGCAUACGACUGCAGUAUCGUUCUGUCUGGUCAUCUGAUUGCUGUGACUGAAGGGUGUCGGCUCCUUUAAGAAAACGGAACUGAAGCCUCGGCUUUUGACGCUGCUCAGGAUGUGGGCAGGAAACGCCAUGCAAGAGCAGUGAAGCGAUCACGCUUCACGGCCGCCGUUGCACAAUACAGCGCUAUCAAAAAUGUGUCUUAAUUGAGCCCGCUGAUGCCCAGGAGCGGCCAUUCUCCCCGGAUCCGUGCUCCGCGGCCCUUACAGCGCACGAGAGGGCGAUUUGCCGGCGUGGGAUUUGAAUCCUAUCCGAGCCAGAGGGCAGCCUUCUCAGCCUGCUCGGCUUGAAAACAUCGGGGCUGGCCAGCGGGUGGCAGAGAGAGGAGGCUUCGUCGCGGAAAAGGAGGUGUCUGCCUUUUCUUUUUUAAGAAUAUAUAUACAUAUACCUCUCCGCGGCCAUGAGGGAGUACAAAGUGGUUGUUUUGGGGUCGGGCGGAGUCGGCAAAUCCGCGCUCACGGUCCAGUUCGUGACGGGCUCCUUCAUCGAAAAGUACGACCCCACCAUAGAGGAUUUCUACAGGAAGGAGAUCGAGGUGGACUCGUCCCCGUCGGUGCUGGAGAUCCUGGACACGGCGGGGACCGAGCAGUUCGCCUCCAUGCGAGACCUGUACAUCAAGAACGGCCAGGGCUUUAUUCUGGUCUACAGCCUGGUGAACCAGCAGAGCUUUCAGGACAUCAAGCCCAUGAGAGACCAGAUCAUCCGAGUAAAGAGGUACGAGAGGGUACCCAUGAUCCUGGUGGGAAACAAGGUGGACCUGGAGGGGGAGAGAGAGGUGUCUUCCGGGGAGGGCAAGGCUCUGGCCCAAGAGUGGAACUGCCCGUUUAUGGAAACUUCAGCCAAAAAUAAAGGAUCAGUCGACGAACUGUUUGCAGAGAUAGUCAGACAGAUGAACUAUACAAAUGUCCCCAGCGGUGGAGACAAGUGCUGUUCAUGUGUCGUGCUCUAAAAGACAAACAAACAAACAAACAAACAAACAGAAACUGUGCAUCCGGGCUGUUUGAGCUUUCAAAGUUGUCCUGCAGGCUUUCUUUUUUGUUUUGUUUUUGCAAAAGUAUUCUCUCUCCUCACACUGUUGUCUUAUUGUUGCACACAAACGCACACAGACACACACACAAAAUCCACGACAACAAUCAAAUAUGUAUCAUAUUCUGGAAAAGUGUUUACAUGAAAAAGUACUUGAAUGUUUGGGGAUUUUUUUUUAUAGCUUUGUAUAUGACACUUCUCUGGAAAUGUGCCUCAGUGGGGAUGUCUUAUUGUGAAACCUAAGAGACACGUGAUUUCUGGUUAAUUUUGUGUUUUUUUUUUCUUCUUUUCAGUUGUACUGUUUAUAUCUUCUGGGCUGGGGUCUUCUGUCUUGGAGACUGGUUGUUCUUGUGUUUUGGGGCUACUACACCAAAUCCCUAGGCUUAAAUGGGAUUGUUUACCUUUAGGGUCUUUUGGUUUUUUGGAAGGCCUGAAAGUGUAAAGAAAAAAAAAUACAAAUCUGAUUAAAUUAUCAGUCACCGCUCAAGCCUUGGACAGGUUGCUCGAAUCAAUGUCACGUUAUCUCUCCAGACAGUAAAGCGUGAUCCCAGAGGCACAGACCCACCCGCUAAUACUGAAGCCGUGGACUGUGGUGGAGUUCUUUUGCCAGCAAUUUUUUAUUUGUUUUCUCCCCGCCCCCCCUUGUCUCUGGUUUGGUGAAAGUGGAUUUAUCGUGGAACUUGCACUUAGCUGACGGUGUCCCUCCCCAGUGUGCACAAACGAGGACCUUAGUGCAUUGCUGUCGCUGCAUGGGGGACGCCGUGACCCCGUGUCAAGUGCCUUCCUAAGAAAUCUGUGACUGUGCCAACUCAUGAGCCCUACUUCCUCUGCAGUGAGUCAUGAUGGCAAUCAGAACUUUUCUAGCAGUUUUCAAUUUACAGUCUAGUUUCACUUGUGCUGAGAAUGGGAGGCGCUUCUUCCUACUUGACUGUAAGGAAGCUUCGCUUGUCCUCGACCUGCUGUCCAAAGGGUCAGAUUCAGGCCGUUUCUUGAGGUACUACUCCAAGAAGAACAACAGAAUAACUUUACCUACUGCAAUUCUGGUUCAGUGAAUGGAAGCCAUGUCUGUAUGUAUUAUCUAGCUGUUUUGUUUAGUUUUUUUUCCCUUUCUAAAAUGUGACAUUCUUUGACUUACCAUAAUUGUAUUUCUCUCUUUGGACAAAUCUGCCAAUCCAGCUGUCAGUUUGGAAGACUUGUAAUACAAAACUGAUUUUACGUAA